UGUAAAUAAAAUAUAAAAAGAGUCAUGAAAAUAUUAUUUUUGUCUACUAAAUUAAUAAAAAAACAUUAGAAAAUCGCGAUAACAUAUAUUCUCAUUUCAGAGUUAUGCUAUGUUGAAAAUUCUUUAUAAAUGUAAUUUUUUUUUAAAUCAGUGGGCUUAUAUCCAAAUUUUGAUUACAAUUUUAUAUAAAUUAUUGAACACAUAAUAAAAUUAAAUCAUGACGACCAAAGGAGUCUGUAAUACACGUUGUCAAGCAUUUCAUACUGAAAUGAUAAAAAAAGAGGAAAACACACGUAUUAACUGGUUUUUGAAAAACCAACAGAAAUUAUUGGAUCAUUUAGAAAAAGUAACAAAAGUUGAAUUGCCGCCGAAAUAUGAACCAGAGAAAAAACCAAGCAUAGGCAUUAUACAUUUAAAACCCUUACCAAAUUGGAGACCUCUCGAACCUGAUGGUUCUAUCAAUAUGAAUAUAAUGAAACCAAUUGAUCCACAAACGAGAGCCAUGUUAUUUGAAGACGCUCCAAGCUUUAUCACCAAUGAAAAUUAUACUUAUAAAAGAUUAAAAGAUCUUCCAGAAAGUCGUUAUUACUAUCCGGAAUGUACAAAUUGGAUAUAUGGAUGGCAUCUAUCAGAUUAUCCACCAAUUCCACGAAGUAAAGUUUCACACACAUUUGUUAUGAUGCGUGAAUUUUAUCAUCCAAAAAUAUCAAGUCUUCAUAAAGAUCCAGAAUGGUAUCGUCCUUCAAGAAGAUUAACAUUUGUAUGCGAUGAAAUUAAUUAAUUAUAAAUAUAAAUAUAUUUAUUAAAUAAAAUUUUCAUCAGUAUUAAAUAAAAAUUUCAAUCAGGUAUAUUUUUUAUUAAAGUUUUAUAAAAAUUAUUUAUCAGCUAU